GUUAAAAGGACGGGACAGCUGAGGGAGUGAGACCAGCCGCCCCAGAGUACACUCCUUACGGUUCAAACCACACAGACCCAGGCUACUUAUAACACACACACCGAACCCCUACCUCCUCUUUCCAGGCUGGACAGUGAAGAGAGCCUGAUCUUGGAGCUCUGCUGUGUGGACAGGAGACAGACAGGACAGACACCAAGGACCAGGACGCCCUAGGCCUCUCGUUUCCUGCUUAUUGACUGGAAGUUGUCCCCCUGGACCGAGGCACCAUGGCUCUGUCCAUCGACCCGGCCGAGGAGCCCAGGAUGUACCAGCAGACCCUGUUGCAGGACGGUCUCUAUGAUCUACUGGAGAAUGACAAGCUGGUGGACUGUGUCCUGAAGAUCAAGGACAAGGAGUUCCCCUGCCACCGUCUGGUGCUGUGUGCCUGCUCCUCCUUUUUUAGGGCCCUGUUCCUGUCAGACCUGGAAGAGGAGAAGAAGCAAGAGGUGGUGUUGGAGGAUGUAGAGCCGGGGGUCAUGGGUCUGAUUCUGAAGUACCUCUACACCUCCACCAUUAAUGUGACAGAGCAGAAUGUCCAGGACAUCUUCUCUGUCGCCAACAUGUUCCAGAUUCCUUCUAUUUUCACAGUGUGUGUCUCCUUCCUCCAGAAGAAACUCAGUCUCAGUAAUUGUCUGGCUAUAUUCCGACUGGGCCUGAUGCUGGACUGUCCUCGCCUCGCUGUCUCCGCUCGCAACUACGCCUGCGAACGCUUCCAGCUCAUCGCUCGUGAUGACGACUUCCUGACGCUGGGUCCCAGCGAGCUGGCAGCCAUCUUGACAGCGGACACGCUGAAUGUGGAAACGGAGAAAGAGGUGUUUGAGGCAGUGGAGAAGUGGGUCGGUCAAGAUGUGGAGAACAGGUUGAAGGAACUACCCGGACUGAUGGAUUGUGUCAGACUCAGACUGGUCGACAAGGACUACUUCACUGAGACGGUGGAGAAGCAUGAGUGGAUCUGCUCCAACCCUGAGAUGGAGAAGAAACUUCAGCUGGUCAGAGACGCUCAUGCUGGAAAACUCCCCGACCUCCCACCUCAGAAGAAAACUAAGAAGAAGACUGUAGAAAAGAAGGCAGAGCAGGAGGGAGGAGAGGAAGAGGAGGAGGAGGAAGAGGAGGCUCUCCUCCCGGGGAUCCUGAAUGAUCAACUGCGUUUUGGGAUGUUCCUGAGGGACCUGGUGUUCAUGGUGAGUGACACGGGGGCGGUGGCGUAUGACCCCACAGGCAACGACUGUUACGUUGCCUCGCUCUCCACUCAGAUCCCCAAGAACCACGCCUCCCUUGUCACCAAGGAGAACCAGAUCUUUGUUGCUGGGGGACUGUUCUACAAUGAGCUGAACAAGGAGGAUCCUCUCAGCUCUUACUUCUUACAGUAUGACCCAGUGAGUGCUGAUUGGCUGGGCAUGCCCCCCAUCCCCUCUGCCCGUUUCCUGUUCGGCCUGGCUGAGGCGGAGAACAGCAUCUUCAUGGUGGGAGGGAAGGAGCUGAAGGAGCAGGAGUCCAGUACCCUGGACUCAGUGAUGAUCUAUGACAGACAGUCUUUUAAAUGGGGCGAGUCUGACCCCCUCCCAUACCCCGUCUACGGCCACGCUACUGUGUCUCACGACGGACUCAUCUUCGUGAUCGGAGGAAAGUCGGAUGGCAAGAAGGUGAUGAGGAGGAUGUGUGCGUACGAUGCACAGCGGUUUGAGUGGAAGGAGCUGGCUCCGAUGCAGCUGGCCCGCUCUCUGUUCGGAGCCACCAUCCAUAAAGACAAGAUCUACGUAGCAGCAGGCGUUACAGACACCGGCCUGACGGACACCGUGGAGGUCUACGACAUCAAAACAAACAGGUGGUCAGACUUUGUGGAGUUCCCUCAGGGUCGUAGCUCUCUCAGUCUGGCAUCGGUGGCCGGGGGUCUCUACGCUGUCGGAGGCUUCGCCAUGAUGCCCAGCGAGGACAAGGAGGAACUCCUCCCCAAGGAGAUGAACGACAUCUGGAGGUAUGACGAGGGGGAAAGGAAGUGGGUGGGCGUUCUGCGGGAGAUCCAAUAUGCCUCUGGGGCCACCAUCCUGGGGGCGCGACUCAACACGCUCCGACUCACCAAGAUGUAACACUCAACACACUCCGACUCACCAAGAUGUAACACUCAACACGCUCCGACGCACCAAGAUGUAACACUCAACAUGCUCCGACUCACCAAGAUGUAACACUCCUCAACACGCUCCGACGCACCAAGAUGUAACACUCCUCAACACGCUCCGACUCACCAAGAUGUAACACUCAACACGCUCCGACUCACCAAGAUGUAACACUCCUCAACACGCUCCGACUCACCAAGAUGUAACACUCAACACGCUCCGACUCACCAAGAUGUAACACUCAACACGCUCCGACUCACCAAGAUGUAACACUCAACACGCUCCGACUCACCAAGAUGUAACACUCAACACGCUCCGACUCACCAAGAUGUAACACUCCAACACGCUCCGACUCACCAAGAUGUAACACUCCUCAACACGCUCCGACUCACCAAGAUGUAACACUCCUCAACACGCUCCGACGCACCAAGAUGUAACACUCAACACGCUCCGACUCACCAAGAUGUAACACUCAACACGCUCCGACUCACCAAGAUGUAACACUCAACACGCUCCGACUCACCAAGAUGUAACACUCCUCAACACGCUCCGACGCACCAAGA